AUGUCGUCUUUUCAAUCGGCAGUCAAUCUGGUCUCUGCGCCUAUUUUUAUCCCGCCUCUCUGCCUGAGUGCUUGGCAGGUGUUAGCACUCUCCCCGCGACCAUCGGAUAAAAGGCCGAGACUGUUGUUUCAACUGCAUCCGCCAUCGAUUUCGGACCAGCAGGAGAUUGAGUCUCCAUGCCCAGAAUUUGAGUAUUCAUCGGAUUCCCAAUUCCAAGCGGCUUAA